UGAAUUAUUCUAUUUGUUUUUCUUGUCUAGUUAAUGUAUAUGCAUUGGUGUUUGGAGUCUGAGCCUUAAUUCGCCCGAUAGUUUGAUCCAGUAACUCGACUCCAACCACCACUGCAUAUGUGAACUGUGCUGCGUACGCAGUGUUCGGUCUUCUUGCUUCUGCUGUCGCUGGGUAAGGACCGUAUUUUUGUCACUCUAUUUUAUCUGCUUUAAGCGUGGAUUUUACACUAUUUUAAUAAAGUCUCUUCGUUUGCAUCGUGAACUUCGAACCUACUUGUGUGUCUUUGCAGCACAUUGGAUCUUCUGAACUAAUUAUUACAGUAUUACUAGACUGUAUUAGUGGCGAGCACCUACCGGUAUUCCGGUUGAGUCGUACCGUUGCAAAUUGGCGAGCACGCCAGGAUUGAAAAAUCAGACGAUUUUUUGAUUAAAAGUUCAUGAUGUCACACCGAAGAAAGAAUUGCGACCAGGAACGAGAUGUAAUAUGGAAUAAAAUUUCCCAGAUGGAAACCGAAAACAAAGAAAUUAAAAACAUGAAUAGAGAAAUACAAAUGGUGAAUAAAGAAAUUGAAGAUAAGAAUAAAGUACUAGGAGCUGAAAAUAAAGAACUGGCUAGACAACUGCAAAUAGUCUAUGCUAGUGUUGCAAAACUUGAAGAAAGAGAUGUUGGCAUGAAGGAAGUACUCGAACGGGUGUUGUGCCGUCUGGAGAGCAUUGACGAGGCCAUGGCUGAGGGUGAGGUGCCAUCAUUUAUUCCUAAACCUAUUCUGAAAACCCCUGAGGUGCCCAAGAGUGUUGAUAGGAAUGGUGAACCUGACUGCCCUGAUAAUGAAUGUUUGAUAAAUGGUACCGGUACUAUUAAAAAAUUGAAUUUUGCUGAUGAGUGUGUGGUUGACCAGUCUACACCUAUGCAUGCAAGUGUGAAUGGUAACGUUACUGAUUGCAAGGCAGUUCCUUUUGGUAUGAAUAAUAGUAUGAGAGUGGAUAUCCAGCCUGAUACUUUUAAUGGUGAUGGUAUGUCUUUGGAUGAUUAUUUGUGUCAUUUUUCAUCCAUUACUACCUGUAAUGGAUGGACUGAUAAAAUUGCUGGUGUUCAUUUUGCUGCAUGUAUGCGUGGGAAGGCUUUGUCCUUGUUGAAUGAAUUAUCCCUUCCAGAUAGACACAGUUUGAGUGUUGCAGUGAAUCACUUGAAAAAGCGUUAUUAUCCAGAGGGUAAGGAGUCAUACUUUGCUACUUUGUUUAAAACAGGAAGAAGUUGGCCACUGAGACGCCAACGGAAUAUGCUACUUCUCUUCGUGCAUUGUCGAGGAAGGCUUAUCCUUCUUUGGAUGUUAUUGCUCGUGAGAAUCUGAUUAAGCAGCGUUUCAUUUCAGGUUUUCCUGAUUUCGAGAUGUGUAAGACUUUGACUAUCAGGCAGACUCAGAGUUUGGAUGAAUUAAUUACUGUGGCUGAUGUUUGUCAUUCUAUUGAUGCUACGCACAGUGCACCUGGUUGUAAUCGUGCUAGUAAGCCCAUGGUAGCUGUUGUGAAUAAUUCUGAGCGUGAUGAUGGUGUGUGUGUAUCUGAAUUUAGUAAGCUGCGGAAUGAUAUUAAAGAGAUGCUUGACCACU